AAUCGGUUAUCAGCUCCCAAAAGCAAAUUUUGCCGUAAAACCAAACAGGAAAAAGUAAGCGAAAAUUCAUCAUUCAAACGUACCGAACAAGCUAAAAUGCGCCCCGAAUUCACGUCACCGUCUUCUUCUUCAUCUUCGUCGGCCGAUCGUCGGUUAAACGCUCUGGUCCGACACCUCGCAACCGCAUCAAUGGUGUCUCAAACCGCCGUAGCAUUUUCUCCCACCUCCGGGUUUCAUGGAGACUCCGUUUUCUCUCACGUCGUUCGCGCCCCUGAAGAUCCCAUUCUCGGAGUGACUGUUGCAUAUAACAAAGAUCCCAGCCCCGUUAAGUUGAAUUUAGGAGUUGGUGCUUAUCGAACUGAGGAAGGGAAGCCUCUUGUUCUUAAUGUGGUGAGAAAAGCUGAACAAAUGUUGUUGAACGAUAAAUCACGUGUUAAGGAAUAUCUUCCCAUUGUUGGAAUAGCAGAGUUUAAUAAAUUAAGUGCUAAACUUAUUUUUGGUGCUGACAGCCCUGCUAUUCGAGAGAAUCGGGUUACUACAGUUCAGUGUUUAUCUGGGACGGGUUCAUUGAGAGUUGGAGCUGAAUUUUUGGCUAGGCAUUAUCAUCAAAAAACUAUAUACAUUCCACAGCCAACAUGGGGAAAUCACCCCAAGGUUUUUACUUUGGCAGGAUUAUCUGUGAAAACUUACCGCUAUUAUGAUCCAACAACACGCGGAAUGAAUUUCCAGGGGUUAUUGGAGGACCUUGGCUCUGCCCCUUCUGGAUCAAUUGUGCUUCUUCAUGCAUGUGCUCAUAAUCCCACUGGAGUCGAUCCCACCCUUCAGCAGUGGGAGCAAAUUAGGCAGUUGAUGAGAUCGAAGGCAUUGUUACCUUUCUUUGAUAGUGCUUAUCAGGGUUUUGCCAGUGGAAAUCUUGAUGAAGAUGCACAGUCGAUUCGUAUGUUUGUUGCUGAUGGUGGUGAAUGCUUUGUAGCUCAGAGUUAUGCAAAGAACAUGGGCCUCUAUGGCGAACGUGUUGGUGCAUUGAGUGUUGUCUGCAGGGCAGCCGAUGUAGCAAGCAAGGUCGAAAGUCAGCUCAAGCUUGUUAUUCGGCCAAUGUUUUCAAAUCCACCAAUUCAUGGUGCAUCUAUUGUGGCAACCAUCCUGAAGGACAGCAACAUGUUCAAUGAAUGGACUAUUGAGUUGAAGGCAAUGGCUGACCGUAUCAUCAGCAUGCGCAAACAACUUUUUGAUGCUUUGCGUGCUAGAGGAACACCUGGUGACUGGAGUCAUAUCAUCAAACAAAUUGGAAUGUUUACCUUCACCGGACUAAAUUCAAAGCAAGUGGAAUUCAUGACCAGAGAAUACCAUAUCUACAUGACUUCUGAUGGGAGGAUUAGCAUGGCAGGACUGAGUUCAAAGACAGUCCCUCAUCUGGCUGAUGCAAUUCAUGCUGCAGUUACUCGUAUGUCAUAGAAAUUGGGCUUAGCACACACAGCAGGUCCUCAAUACACUUGAUUGGGAAUCACAUCAAAUGAGUAUUUGUUUUUCACUUUACCAUUCAAUAAUAACUGUAUUUGAACAAAAUUGUAGCCCUCAAAACACUGAAAGGGCAGAAAGAAAUAAACUCACUUCCACUUGCUUAUAUUUUGUGGUUUUUGUCAAUGGCUAAGAUAGCAUUUAUAAAACCUUUCCAUGCUAAUAGUCAAAUUGUAUUUUCUUA